AUGGCCAACACAUUGCUGAACAGCACCAUGGAGCUGGAGAACAUCGCUCCGCUCGGCUCGCCUUUUUUGGAACAAGCAAUCAAACUAAAACGUUGGGCUAGCUACCAUCUUUCCGUUGCGACUGCCGUUUUGCAGUACCUUUACGGUAUUCUGCCGGAGUCUCUGGAGGUACUUGAAUUUCUUCAUUCAAUUUCUUUUCACUUCAUAACCUUGGGAAAUGGAAUAAUAAUCGAACAUGUUUCAGCCCGGGAGCCGCGCCUUUGCUGCUACCGGCCCGCCGGAGUUCUAG